CGCGCACACACACACACGCACUCCGCAGCAGAACUGGGAGGAGAAACCAGCAACAGGCAACGAGAACUUCGAGCACUGUGAGGUUUCGUGCAGCUACGGGUGAAGAUGAGCGACGCCGGUCAGCCCAAACUUGAACUUUUCGUGAAGGCAGGAAGCGAUGGUCAGAGCAUCGGCAACUGUCCUUUCUCUCAGCGUCUCUUUAUGGUGCUGUGGCUUAAGGGAGUCACCUUUGACGUUACCACAGUGGAUAUGAAGAGGAAGCCAGACAUCUUGAAGGACCUGGCACCAGGUGCUCAGCCUCCCUUCCUGUUAUACGGCAGCGAGGUGAAAACUGACACCAACAAGAUUGAGGAGUUCCUGGAAGAGCAUCUCUGCCCUCCAAAGUAUCCUCGUCUGGCUGCUCGUAACCCAGAGUCCAACACGGCAGGCCUGGACGUCUUCUCCAAGUUCUCUGCCUACGUCAAGAACUCAAACCCUCAGACCAAUGAAAAUCUAGAGAAAGGCCUCCUGAAGGCUCUGAAGAAGCUAGACGACUACCUCGGCUCCCCACUUCCUGAUGAGAUCGACGAGAAUAGCGCCGAUGAGCUCACUUCCUCGUCACGCCCUUUCCUGGAUGGCCAGGCGCUCACUCUGGCUGAUUGCAACCUGCUGCCUAAGCUCCACAUCGUGAAGGUGGUGUGCUUGAAAUACAGACAAUUCACCAUCCCUCAGAGUCUGACAAACCUCUGGAGGUACCUGAACGCCGCCUAUGCAAGGGAGGAGUUCUCUUCCACCUGCCCGGUUGACGAGGAGAUCUACUUCGCCUACUCCUCUGUAGCUAAAGCUCUCAAGUAGGGAUAGAACAGGGGGUUACAUGUUCUGAAUAUACCAGCAGAGCAACAUAGGAAAGCACAAAAUACACACACACACACACACUCAUGAAUAUUCACUCUGCAAGCAGCAUGGUCGAUCCUUUUCUUUGUAAACUGGAGCGCUGCAGGAAUCAUUUGUUACGCCUGCAGGUUAAUUUCUUGCACCCUUAUACGCCAGUAUCACCUUUCGCAGUGUUGGCGCUAGUUUACAUUGUUUUUCCUCACCUGAAACUGGGUCGGUUUACAUCAGCAAGGGAAACAAGGAAGCUCGGGAAAGCGCAAGUGAAAGCAAUUACAUGCAAGUAGUGCAACUUUUAACCCCGUUAAACUUCCUCCUCCGAUUGGUUCUUUCACGGGUCACGUUCUCCGGUUGCCGACCACGUUGCUCGCAGGAGCGCACAUCCACAUCGUCAUCGCACUCGUCUAACUACAGCCCUGCUUAUGUACAGUUUCACCAUGAGCAGAUACACACUGACGCUUCUUGUUCCUUUCUUCUUCAAGACAGUUGCUACAGUAUGUUUUGGGGUUUUUUGUUAUUUUUCCUGGUAGUAAUUUCAACAGACACAAAGCUGCCUGACAGAUCAAACUUUUCAUAUGUAACGUUGCAGGCUUCCCCCAGGCAGAUUCAGCUCUCGUUUCUCUGGUUAAGGAAGUGAAAUUUGCAUAUCAGCUCCAGAUCACCUGCCAAAGAGUCUUUUGUACUGAGCCUUUCACAUGGACUUUAUUUCGUUACUGAGGGUACAAGGCCUUUUUACAGUACAAAAUCUUUUUUAUCCUUUAAUUAAAAGCCAAGUUUUGUCUAAGUGUUAGAUUGCUUAUUCUUUGUAGUGCACCUCAGAGAGGAAAGGGGUGCAUACCGGGUCUCGCUGAAGAGCUGAAAACAGUUACAGAGACAGGAAACUGUUUCAAUAGAGGCGGGCUUCCCCUUUCUGUGCUCCCACACAGCAGGCGUGAAGGAUUAUUUAAGAUUACCAAGCGUCUAUGUGAUCCGCUGUGAGGGCCCAUUGCCAGUAAUUUAUUCAGUGCUGCCCAGUGGGUAUUGAAGGAGGUGCAGGAUGAAGCGUAUUUGUGUUUCUCACUGUCAGUUACUCCCAUGAAAAUGCUUUCUAAUUCUAACGCUUUGUACAAAUUAAAUCAGCUGCACAAAAUAUAACAUUUAGUCUUCUUGCUAACACGAUGAAUUACUUCGACUGCUUAUCUGGUGUAAGCACUGUGUAAGCAUUGCCAUUGAAUGCUACCAAAAGAAGCCAAAACUACGGAUUAUAUAAAAGGUGUUUGUAGCCACCAUGACAUCAUUUCCUUUUUUUUGAAACAAUCUUUUGAAACCGGAUGUGACAAACGAGAGCCGAUUUGAAACUUUGCAUUCAUUGGCUUAUGACUUGUCAAUAAUUUGUCAUUGCCGUUAGCCAAUGUGCAUCCUAGAUACACCUUGGACUGACCAAAAUGUAUAAAAUGGACCCGAUGUUUUGUUUUAUCCAUUUAUGGUACUUUCACCUCCUUCAAACCUGACACAUAUAGGGACUACAUUAGCUUAUAGUCCCUUGAGGCUGGGUUUUAUUCUCAAACGGUGCAUCUUUCACAUGUAAGGCGAUUAUGUUAACUGCUACGCUGUUGAACCACUCUCUCUUAUUCAGUAUGAUCCAAAAUGAGUAACUCAGCCUAUUUAAGCUCUUCCAGAAACUGUUUACACAGGACAACUCCAAAGGCUGUUACCCCAUAGGUGGUCUUUUCAAGCAGAGAAGUCCAACCCCAAUGGCCAUGAAAAAGGGUGGCCAUUUAAGGCACUUCCCUAUUGGUUUCACUCUUCAGACCAUGAAGUUACAUCCAUUUUUUAAUAGUCUGCAGUUACCAUGAGCCUGUUAAAGUGCUAUAAAACAUGCUAAACAUAGACAUUUUUUUUUAAAAGAGGAAGGAUAAGCAUCAACAUAGCUACAGUUAUAAAACAACCAGGUUGAUAUAAAUAGAGUCUGAACAUUUAUAAUAUGUGGAUUUACUUUUCGAGAUUAGUGCACCACGUCAACUGCUAGUAUCUCCUGUCCAAAUGUCGUCUACAUUUUGAUAGAAACCAAGAAUUUUGGCCUUGUAACCAGUUGUAGGUUAAAUGCAUUGUUAGUGUUUUCACGGGACUUGCUGACAGUAAAAAUAUACCUGAACCAGCCUGAUCCUUUAAAAGCCUUGUGUCCUCAGAGAUGCGCUGUGGACUAAUCCACUCCUGGGAGGAAGUCCUCUGGUCUGAAAUUCCUGUUUAAGUGACUUGAAAUGAACUCGCUGCGAGGAACUGGAACUACUGGACAGCACGCCUUUUCUGACUUUAGGAGCAGCUUGUGAAGGAAAUAAUGAACUAACAUUUAUAGAGAGCUCUCAGGGAUGGGCCCUGUCUACAUGUGCAGUAG